CUUUUUUCAGAAGGGAGAGAGAGCACUCCUGCAAGACGGCUAGCACAGUAGCAGAGCAUCUGAUGGCUAGAAAAUUCUGUGUGGAUCAAACAAGAAGUUUAAAUGUCUAGGACAAAAGGAUAGGGCUAUAAUCCAGGUUUUUGAGUCAUGAUGCAAGAAUCUGGAACUGAGACAAAAAGUAACGGUUCAGCCCUUCAGAAUGGAGCAAGCACUGGCAACCCCUUACUAGAAUGCACCCUACGUGAAGUGAGACCAAACGGAGAGACACCUUCGGUGGAAAUCGGUGCUGCAGAUCUUGCUCAUCUUCAGCAACAGCAGGCUCUACAGGUAGCAAGACAACUUCUGUUACAGCAGCAGCAGCAACAGCAGCAGCAACAGCAGCAACAGCAACAACAGCAGCAAGUUAGUGGGCUAAAGUCUCCCAAGAGGAAUGACAAACAGCCAGCCCUUCAGGUUCCAGUGUCGGUGGCUAUGAUGACACCUCAAGUUAUCACUCCCCAGCAAAUGCAGCAGAUCCUCCAGCAGCAAGUGCUAACUCCACAGCAACUUCAGGUCCUGCUCCAACAGCAGCAGGCACUCAUGCUUCAACAGCAGCAGCUUCAAGAAUUUUAUAAGAAACAGCAGGAACAGUUGCAGCUUCAACUUCUACAGCAACAACAUGCCGGAAAACAACCUAAAGAGCCGCAGCAGCAACAGGUGACUUCCCAACAGUUGGCCUUCCAGCAGCAGCUUCUGCAGAUGCAGCAACUGCAACAGCAACACCUCUUGUCUUUGCAACGUCAAGGUUUGCUGACAAUUCAGCCGGGCCAGCCUGCUUUGCCACUGCAGCCUCUUGCUCAAGGCAUGAUUCCAACUGAACUGCAGCAACUCUGGAAAGAAGUGACAGGAUCUCACACAGCAGAGGAAGCAGCCAGCAACAACCAUAGCAGCCUGGACCUGUCAACCACGUGUAUCUCCUCCUCAGCCUCUUCAAAGCCCUCCUUAAUAAUAAACCCACAUGCCUCAACCAAUGGACAAUUGCCAGUCCACACUCCUAAAAGGGAGAGUUUAUCCCAUGAAGAGCCCUCUCACAGCCAUCCUCUCUAUGGACAUGGAGUAUGCAAAUGGCCAGGCUGCGAAGCAGUAUGUGAAGAUUUCCAGUCUUUUCUAAAACAUCUCAACAGUGAACACGCGCUGGAUGAUAGAAGUACAGCCCAGUGUAGAGUACAGAUGCAAGUUGUACAACAGUUAGAGUUGCAGCUGGCAAAAGACAAGGAGCGCCUGCAAGCUAUGAUGACCCACCUGCAUGUGAAAUCAACUGAACCAAAAGCUGCCCCUCAGCCUUUGAAUCUUGUCUCUAAUGUCACGCUUUCAAAGACUGCGUCAGAGGCUUCUCCACAGAGCUUACCUCAUACUCCCACCACCCCGACAGCACCCAUCACUCCUGUUACCCAGGGACCUUCUGUCAUCACUACUACCAGCAUGCACAACGUUGGGCCUAUCCGAAGGCGGUACUCUGAUAAAUACAAUGUGCCCAUCUCCUCAGCAGAUAUUGCGCAGAACCAAGAAUUCUACAAGAAUGCAGAAGUCAGGCCACCCUUUACGUAUGCAUCUUUAAUUAGGCAGGCAAUUCUUGAAUCUCCAGAAAAGCAGCUAACACUAAAUGAAAUCUACAACUGGUUCACACGUAUGUUUGCCUACUUCAGACGCAAUGCAGCAACGUGGAAGAAUGCAGUGCGUCAUAAUCUUAGCCUUCACAAGUGUUUUGUGCGAGUAGAAAACGUUAAAGGGGCAGUAUGGACAGUGGAUGAAAUAGAGUUCCAAAAACGAAGGCCACAAAAGAUCAGUGGAAACCCUUCGCUUAUUAAAAACAUGCAGACCAGCCACACCUACUGCUCACCUCUCAAUGCUGCUUUACAGGCUUCAAUGGCUGAGAACAGUAUAUCUCUAUACACUACUGCUUCCAUGGGAAACCCCACUCUGGGCAGUUUAGCCAAUGCAAUGCGGGAAGAUCUCAAUGGUGCAAUGGAGCAUGCAAACAGUAACGGGAGUGACAGCAGUCCAGGCCGUUCCCCUAUGCAAGCAAUACAUCCUGUGCAUGUCAAAGAAGAGCCAUUAGAUCCAGAUGAAAAUGAAGGCCCGCUCUCCUUAGUUACCACAGCCAAUCACAGUCCAGAAUUUGAUCACGACAGAGAUUAUGAAGAUGAACAUGUAAAUGAAGACAUUGAAUAAAUAUGUCUGUGACUAUCAUUCUGCAAAUGAAGAUCCUGGGGAGGGACGAAAAAAACUAUCUUUCAGAAUUAGCUGUGAAAUCUCUCCCCAUCAUUGUACAGUCUGGAAGAUACACUUGGUCCAUUCUGACAGCUAUAAAAUAUGUUAACACUUAGUGCCAUCAAGUAUCCCAUUUGGGAGUAUUUUUGAUUUUUCUACUUUUUGUUGAAAAACAAAACAAAGGAAUUUGUACUCUGUGCAUUGGAUGGACUUGUUUGGUACUCGGAAUUCCUACUCACAGUCAACAUCAGUGUUGUAAAUGUGUUCCACUAAUUCACUUAUCCACAACUUGGCAGCAGACUUUGGACUGCAGAUCUUCCACUAUGGGACACUGAAGACAUGAAGCUGAGCAUGUACACAUAAAUUGCAGAUCAAGCCUUUGCCCAGAUUUUAAGGAUUUCAGUGGACAAUAUAUUUGCACAGUAUCGCAUGUUGAUUAUCACUGCCUUUAUUUUUAUUUUUUU